AUGUCUCUCCCCCAAACAAAGUCAGCAUGGCUGGCGCUUGCCAUCUCCAGCGGCGCAUGUGCAGCCUUCAAUGGUGUCUUUGCAAAGCUCACCACCACUACGCUCACGGCUUCCUGGGCUAGCUCGAUAUCCGUAGCCUUCGGCCUCAGUGCUUCGAAUAAAAUCAUUGAAUAUGCAAUCCGAGGACUCUUCUUUGGCAUGAAUCUCCUCUUCAACGCCAUCAUGUGGGGUCUGUUUACCCGCGCCCUGACUCUUGCGUCGUCCACCGUGCGCGUUAGCAUCAUCAAUACGUCGGCCAACUUCAUCCUCACGGCCAUGCUUAGUUUGAUCAUUUUCAGCGAGAGCCUCCCCGGGCUGUGGUGGCUCGGUGCAGCCAUGCUCGUGGCAGGCAGCGUCAUCAUCGGCAUGAGGGAAGAGACGGAAAAGGAGGCAGUCAUCGCUACAACGGGUGAAGCCCCGCUGCUGGACCGUCACGGGGAUGCAAACACUGAGGCAUUCCAAGACGAGGAUGAUGCCUACCGUGUGCAGCUGAAUAGCGUGAAAACGGAGAGGACGACAGCAGCGAUGAAGAUGGGGUGCUGAGAUAGUUUUUGGGGCGGUUUCGUUCGCCAACACGAUACAUACAUAAUCAUCAUUUGGACCCUUCUUAGUGGAUACUGGCCAUUUGAGCGGUACCAUCACUCCCACACUGCCUACUGAAAUGCCUGGCAUCUCUCUACGAAUCUAGCCGACUCGAAUCCUGCUUUCUCAUCACAUCAAUACAUAUUGUGAACUCGCCCAUCCAGACCACGAUGCCAGACGACGACGCCUCGCCCAAAGCGCUCAACGCCAAUGCCCCCGUCUUCUCUCCCACAAGCGCAUCACGUCUCAGUCCUUCCGGCCAAGGCCCUGCGGUGUCAUCCCAUUCUCGGUCAUCG